GCCAACAGUGGGCGCGAGGGAAACUGCGUUGGGGCAAAAAACAGCAAAAUCGAUCUACCGGAGUAGUCGCAACAUCAGCUGAUGUUGACGCAACCCUCUGACAGCAUCGCAACAACGCGCGGCGGCGGAGUCACGUACAAUUCGGGAACAACAAACCGCUCACGCACGCACGCACUCACGCACAGCAGCAUCCUUUCUUAUCUCCUGGUGCAAAUCUUUGUUCGCGUUCUUCGAUUUUGCUCCAAGCAGCUUUGCUAGCAGCCCACGAGGACCUUCUUCCUAAAACAAACAAAAAAACGGCAUACUUUGCUUCGCGAUUGCCACCUAUUUUGAAUUGAGAAUGGUACACGGUGGGGCAGGCGGUAACGGAGCCGGUUGCCAUGGACACCAGCAUCAUCAGUGUUCGGCGAAGGGCGGUGCCUCAGCUGUCCAGUCUCUAGAUGAGCUGGAUUUUGAUCGCGGAAUUUGGAGUGCCGCAAUGAACAACGAGUGUGAUCGAUUGCGUACCUUGAUCGCUCGAGGUCAUCUACACGAUCGGGAUAGCUGCGGAUACACGGCCCUUCACUAUGCGGCUCGCCAUGGACACCUGGAAGUCUGCCGUCUGCUGCUCACCGCCGGUCUCGGAGUGGAUGAAGUCACAAAUGGAGGAGUAACGGCCCUGCAGCGGGCAGCUAUGAUGGGACGCGAUGCAAUCGUCGAUAUGCUGCUGGUCAACGGUUCCAACGCGGCACACCGAGAUGCUGACGGACGAACGGCAUUACAUCGUGCGGCUGAAGGGGGUCAUCUCCGCUGCUGCCAGCUGCUGGUAGCACAUCGUGCAGAGCUGCGUCAGAUCGAAGAUGAACGCCACCAAAAACCGUUCGAUCUUGUACGAGAUCAUGCCCCUGAUCGAGAUCAGCUGAGGUGCAUACUCAAGGUGCCCGAGGUCAGUGUCACCAGUUCUACCAGUUCUUAAUCUGCGUUAUCUGAAUCAAUCAGCUUUAGUCGCUUUAAUGCGUGCCGGCGGCGGUGUGUAAGUGCUUUAUGUGUCGCACAAAACGGAUUUUUCUUAGGACAUAAUGUGGAGCGAGCGAAAGGCCUGGGAGGGAUGUCUGCCUCUCUCUCUUUCGAGAUGUACUUAGACAAUUUGUAUAUGAGUAAAUUAUACUAGCAUAAAGUGAUAAACCAAA